AUGCCGGUUAGAUUGUUUAGUGUUUCCAGUCUCAAUUGGCAAAAACGUUCAGAAUUGUAUGAACGGAUCGUGGCCUGUGAUUAUAUCAUUUACAACAUCAAAGACGAUGCCACAGUGAUUGAUGAAGCAAUGUGGAUACUGGAUCAACUUCAUGAGAAUAUGGCAAACCUUGUUACUCAAAAGAUUUUUAUUCUCAUCUCAAGCAUGUUGACGUGGGCCAAGAGUUCGCCACUCGAUGAAAAUGAUCCAGAAAUGCCUUUCACAGACGAAGACUACGCUAGACGUAAAGCACACCGUAACUACGUGGAACAGUUGAAAGCUGAGAAAACCACUGUGUAUUUGGGAAAGACUCAAGCUUGGAACAAUGAACCGGUAGUAGUCUAUCCUGGUGACGGUCAAAAUGUGGUGCCCACGAUACACGUUUACGAUCUGGCCAGUAUUGCACAGACGGUGAUGGAACUUCGACCGACAAAGCAUUAUAUUCUAGCAAAAGAUGAAUCCCAAAACACGUUACACGAAAUAGUCAAGGCCAUUUCAAAGGGAAUGUCAACAGGGAAAACAAAAUCGAUUACCAGAGAUGAGUCGUUCCUCUCGGAGGAUGUCACGCAAAGUCAUAUUGAUCAGCUUUUAAUCAAUCUACGAAUGGAUGCCAACUUCAUCCGGGAACAGGGCAAUUUUCGAUGGCACUGUGAGAAUGGACUAGCGGAAGAUAUCAGUAAAGUGUUACGGGAAUUCAAACUCGCUCGACAAUUAAUUCCUAUUCGACUCUGUAUCCUUGGUCCGCCGGUUAGCGGUAAAAGCACCCUGGCCAAACGCCUUUGCGAACACUACAAAUUGCAUCAUAUUCACAUCAAAGGUGUCAUUGAGGAAGCAAUCGCACAACUAAAAAAACGUGUUGAGGCAGAAAACGAGGAAAUAGAAUCGCCGGGAAGAGGAAACGCCACGGCCGUAGACGAGGAAGAGGACGUGGGCUCCGCCAAUGCAGCCGAACUGCUUGAAACUAUUCAACAGAAUUUGGAAGAUAACAACGGAAGACUCGAUUUGGACCUGGUCACUGACACUCGACAGUUGAAUUCGAAACCGUGUCAGAAUCAGGGUUACGUGAUUGACGGUUAUCCAAAGGCCAAAAAGCAGGCAUCUGCUCUGUUCUCACUCGGUGGUGGUGGGGGUGGUGAAGAUGACGAGGAAGAGGAAGAAGGAAACGAGAUGGACGAGGGCGGAGGAGGAACCGGUGGUGGUAAACAGACCCAAGAAACAGGUCCGUCUCCGGCCGAACAAUUCGCUCGUCGAUACCUCGCUUCCGGAUUGGAUCUGAAAGAUGUUUGCGGCGAACCGGGUCUAUUGCCCACACAACCUAUUCCCUCACAACUUCCAAAAGGCCUUCUACCUGACUUUGUGUUUGAACUGCAAGCGUCUGAUCAAUUUCUACGUGAUCGGGUUAUACAUAUGCCCGAGGAAAAAGUGCACGGGACUCACUACACCGAAUCCGGUCUAGUUCGACGUCUGACAGAGUUUCGAACCAAUCAGAUUGGAGUGAAUCCGGCCGUUGCUUCAGCCGGUGGCCUGAGCGUCCUCGACACCUUGUCCAUGGAGACGGACCCGGAACAACCAAUCGAGAACCAAAUGACUCCACUUGCUUCGGCCAGCAUAUAUGAGAAUUCUGUUCGAGCUUACUUUGAUUCGAAAGGGGUCCUACAAAUACCGAUCGAUGUAAUGUCUGAAGAAAGUCCAGAAAUGGAUAGCACAUUGCGAAAAAUUAUCCACUUCAUUGGUCCCGCACGUAACUACGGCUUGACCGUAAACGAGCGGGAAUGCUUGGAGCGGAGACAGGCGGCCGAAAAGAUGGAACGCGAACGGGCCGAGGAGGAACGCAUUCGGGCCGAGACCGAGGCGGAAUUGCAAGCGCGAAAACAACGCCAAGAGGAAUGGUUGGUGAAACAAGAAAAGCACAUCCAAGAAGAGACAGAAAUUCUAAACAAAGAGGCUGAGCCUCUACGGAAUUAUUUGCGCAAACACGUGAUGCCAGUGUUGGCCAGUGGCUUGAUGGAAUGUGUGAGACGUCGACCGGAGGAUCCGAUCGACUUUUUGGCCGAAUAUCUCUUCUUCAACAAUACACAAAUGGACUAA